CUCUCUCCUCCGCCCUCCUUCGCCCUACUUCUCCUCCCUUUCUCCUCCUCCUGUGGCUGCUGCUGCUGCCAGACCUCGCCAUUUCAGACCCACCGGGUUGCCCUCCCCUGUGCACUCCUUCGCUGCCAGAGCAGGAGAGGGGCGAGCGGCCCCGGCAGAGAGUCACGAUGUUGCAAACAGUUUUCCUAACUAUGCUGACGGUAAUGCUGGUAAAGUCACAGGACACUGAGGAAACCAUCACAUACACGCAAUGCACCGAUGGAUAUGAGUGGGACCCCGUAAGACAGCAGUGCAAAGAUAUUGAUGAAUGUGACAUUGUCCCAGAUGCUUGCAAAGGUGGAAUGAAAUGCGUCAACCACUAUGGAGGAUAUCUCUGCCUUCCUAAAACAGCCCAAAUUAUUGUCAAUAAUGAACAGCCUCAGCAAGAAACACCAGCUGCAGAAGCAUCAUCAGGUGCCGCCACUGGAAACGUAGCUGCCAGUAGCGUGGCAACCAGCGGUGUGGUGCCUGGAGGUGGUUUCAUGGCCAGCGCUACUGCAGUUGCUGGCCCUGAAGUACAAACUGGCCGAAAUAAUUUUGUCAUCCGGAGGAACCCAGCUGACCCUCAGCGUAUCCCUUCCAACCCUUCCCACCGGAUCCAGUGUGCAGCAGGCUACGAGCAGAGUGAGCAUAAUGUGUGCCAAGAUAUCGAUGAGUGUACCUCAGGGACCCACAACUGCAGAGCGGACCAAGUGUGCAUCAAUUUACGUGGCUCCUUCACAUGCCAGUGUCCUCCGGGAUAUCAGAAGAGAGGCGAGCAGUGUGUGGAUAUAGAUGAAUGCUCCAUGCCUCCAUACUGCCACCAAAGAUGCGUGAACACACCAGGUUCCUUUUACUGCCAGUGCAGUCCUGGGUUUCAGUUGGCAGCAAACAACUACACCUGCGUGGAUAUAAACGAAUGUGAUGCCAGCAACCAGUGUGCUCAACAAUGCUACAAUAUUCUUGGCUCAUUCAUCUGCCAAUGCAACCAAGGAUAUGAACUGAGCAGUGACAGGCUCAACUGUGAAGACAUCGAUGAAUGCAGAACCUCGAGCUACCUGUGUCAAUAUCAAUGUGUCAAUGAACCAGGGAAGUUCUCAUGCAUGUGCCCCCAGGGCUACCAAGUGGUGAGAAGCAGGACCUGCCAGGAUAUAAAUGAAUGUGAGACCACUAAUGAAUGCAGAGAAGAUGAAAUGUGCUGGAAUUAUCAUGGCGGUUUCCGUUGUUACCCACGAAACCCAUGCCAAGAUCCCUAUGUUCUAGCAUCAGAAAACCGAUGUGUCUGCCCAGUGUCAAAUGCUAUGUGCCGAGAAGGGCCCCAGUCCAUAGUCUACAAAUACAUGAGCAUCAGAUCCGACAGGUCUGUGCCAUCAGACAUCUUCCAGAUACAGGCCACAACUAUUUACGCCAACACCAUUAAUACUUUUCGGAUUAAAUCUGGAAAUGAAAAUGGAGAGUUCUAUCUACGACAAACAAGCCCUGUGAGCGCAAUGCUUGUGCUUGUGAAGUCACUAUCAGGACCAAGAGAAUACAUCGUGGACCUGGAGAUGCUGACAGUCAGCAGCAUAGGGACCUUCCGCACGAGCUCCGUGUUACGAUUGACAAUAAUAGUGGGGCCAUUUUCAUUUUAGCCUUUUGUAAGAGUCCACCACAGGCAUUUAAAUAAGCCAAAGAAUAUUGUGAUGUUAAAGCACUAUUUUAUUUAUAGAUAUAUCUAGUACAUCUAUAUCCAGACAGUUACACUAUGGGAGUAAGUGGGCAUUUAAUCUGUAAGAUUCAAAGUUUAUCUUUAUCACUGAGUGUAAAUUAGAUAUUAAUCCACCAAACAUUCUUCUUGAAGGGAGUUAAGCAUAUAUUAUCUGGUAAAAGUUGGAUUCUUUCCUAUAAAAAUGGGACCAAGCAAUGAUACUAUUCUGUAGUGUACAGAGAAAUAAUACAAUCCCACAGGCCAUUUCAUGAGUAUUGGCCAUAUUAAGAUCAAGAACAAGGAGGAGGGGUUUUUAACUGCUUUGUAAGAAAAAGGAAAAAAGUGAAUAAAGACAUAUUUCUUCAGAAA